UGCUGUGCAUGGACAACGACUUCUCCUCAGCGAUAGAUUGGUGUGACGUUACAGGUGGUUAAAGGACGAUGUAAUGGUUCAGACACUCGUGAAGGAAACAUGGAGUUUUGUUUUCUAUGCGGUCUCCUUCUCGUUGCCCUGACGACUCGGACGUUAGCAGACGAUGGACAGGUGACAUUUGUCUCCGAGCUCUCGUCCAAACCGGCUCAGAAGUUGUCCAAGUAUGGCUGGUACGGGAACGUGAGGCUGCAGAGGUUUCACAUACCAGAGGAAACGGCCAUCGCUCGCUGGCUCUUCUCCGUCACCAAGGGCCACACCUUCCACUGUGGACAGCACAAUGUCACCAUCCAUAUUCGGUAUGGUGCCCCUCCAGUGAUAAACCCAACAGGGACGGUGUUUCCCAACGCUACACUAUGGAGCCCCUGUCUGUCUCUGAUCCUACCGGUAACUUCACAAAGCUCCACGACCUUCAACCUCUCCAAUCCUGCUCCCGGUGAUUGGUACGUUGGGGCCCACUUGCCUGAAGAUGAUGGCCGCAUCGAGCAGAAGGGCUUUCCGUCUUGCUCGUACUUCUUCCAGCCUCAGCUAUCAAUCAGGAGAGCGGUGGACACGCCCAUUUUACCGCAGGGCACAUUCCUCCAGCAGACCACAGCUCCUGACAGACCUGCCCGCCUUAAGUUGUACGUUCCACAGUUUGCGUCCUCUCUCUACGUCUCUGUGGCCGACUGUUCGUCAGAGGAUGGGGCCGACGGUGGAAACUGUUCGCUGGUCCUCAGGCUCGGCUCUACCUCUCUACAGAACCGCCCGGUAACGGUGAACUGCUCAGGGAUCGGCUGCUCUGCUGCUCUUUCUAACCCACCUUGGGAUACCUGGGUACGAGUUGUCGUGGAGAGCGGCUUAGACAACCGUACUGUGAGCUUUAGUAUCGUCUCAAACACCACAGUGGGGUGCAAGCCAAAAAGCGUCGGCCUCAAAGUAGAUGAUGACCUCAACAUGCUCCGAGGCAACCGCAGCUUCACCAACUCAACAUCAGCUGGCAACGACUCCCUCAUUACAGACGCAGUCACCUUAAGCAACGACUCAGCAUCCCUGUUCACCCCGUCGUCGGCGUGUGUGUGGAGCAUCCCGGUGCUCUACGAGGAGGUAGACGUCCUGUCGCUCCGAUUCACUCCGGCCAGUGGACCCAACAUCAGCGUCACGGAUACACACCCCACGCUGCUCACCUACCCGCUGUACACACACGCCACCGGGGGUACACUCAACCUACAGCUCACACUCAACUCUACUAAUGUAACCCUGGGAAACACUAGCAGCAGUGUGGUGGCCUGUCUCUCUCCAUGGGCUCCGGUCCUCGAACUCAACGACUCUCAACCCUGUCGCACAGCUUUGUUUGGAGGGUACAGUGUUCAAGUGAAUGCCAGCGUUCCCAAAGCUGUGGUCCGGCUGCCUUUUCCUCAGUCAACAACAUGGUACCUCACCCUGCAGCUUACAUGCAACAGCAGUGACUGUGGCAAUAUAUCAUUGGUGUCUGUGGUCCCGGAGGUGUUUAUCAGUGCCUGUGUAGAGGACUGUGGUACAUAUGGUGAAUGUAGACUAAUGAGAUCCUACAGCUACCUGUACGCUGCCUGUGUCUGCAAGGCUGGCUGGAGCGGUUGGGGCUGCACUGAUAACUCCACAGCUCAGUCGUACCGUCGCCAGUUGACGGCUACUCUGCUGCUCACGCUCAGUAACCUGUCCUUCCUGCCUGCCAUGGUGGUGGCCAUCAAACGCUGCUACAUCACUGAGGCCUCCGUCUACCUUUUCACAAUGUUCUUCUCUACGUUUUACCAUGCCUGUGACCAGCCGGGUGUAGCAGUAAUGUGCAUAAUGGACUACGAUACCCUACAAUAUUGUGACUUCCUGGGGUCGGUCUGUUCCAUCUGGGUCACCAUCCUGUGCAUGGCUCGCAUCAGAGACACAUUCAAAUAUACUCUGUUCAUGCUCGGGGCUCUGCUCAUAGCCAUGUCGAUGCAGCUGGACCGCAAAGGCCUGUGGAACCUGUUGGGUCCCGUCAUCUUUGCCAUACUGUGCAUGGUCACUGCCUGGGUGUACCGAGGAGUGCAGCGACGUCAUUGUUACCCGCCUUCGUGGAGACGCUGGGUCCUCUUCCUGAUCCCCGGGGCAGUCUGUGCCCUCGUCGGGGUAUGUUUGUACAUCUUCACUGAGACAGAGGGCAACUACUACUACACACACUCGCUGUGGCACAUCCUGGUGGCCAGCUGCGUGGUGUUCCUGCUGCCGCCGAAGGAGAAGAACAGGGAGGCGUUGGGCUGGAGCCGGGGCUGGAGCUGGGGCUGGAGCUGGAGACCCCGGGUUUGUGGGUACACUCUCUGUCAGAGCGAGAAGGAUGAACUCUACACUGUCACAUAGUAGGACAGGAGAUGCUGUAAGGAAGCAAAGUGCACUGCAAACUGCAAACAUUCACAUAAGGUAAAAAGAUAUCAAGACUCUGACUCUUCAAAGUUUCUUAAUAUCUUGAAUAAAACAUUUAAAAAUCAAAUUUAGACCUAUGUUCUCAUAGGUCUACUAUUUUCAUGUUCACAUUUACAGAUGGUUUGAAACUCUUCUUAUAUUUGAAUGAAAAAGAUCUGUAAAAGUCUAAUACACACACACCAUUUAAUCCAAAUCAAAUCUGCUGAAACCUUGAAGGUGGUCCAUUCCACAAGCUGCAGUAUGAACAUUAAAACCUCCAGGUAGCAAACCACCUGACCUUUGACCUCAUGACCAGAGGCCUGUACUAUGAAGCGAGUUCAACGUACCGCGUUACCGCUCAGCGGCGGUCAUCAGCUCGGUAAAUCAACCCAGGGUUCAUCAAUCUGGCUCUGAGUGCGUUCACACAAUCCCCAAACAUGGACAAGUCUGUUGUUAGUCGAGCGGCACAUUUUACAAACUAUAAUAUUCGACAAAUACGAAUACUUCCAGGCUAAAAGCAACACGGUUGCAGCUGCAAAACACAGGAAGAACAGCCGGCAAACAAAUCGCUGACUAUGUGAAUGUGUAGAUUUACAGGCUGAACUGAAUACACAAAUGUAAUGAUAGUCCGAUCUAUCGUCUCGAUGGGGCAGUGAUAUUAUAAGCCUUUUAAUUUACGCAUUCACGCCUGUCAGUCUCCACUCGUACAUGCAUCGUCUCUUUUCAAAAUAAACUUGCGUCUUCACAGGAAGUGAGGUCUAGGCAACAAAACAAAAGGUUGGGUUUAGCAUAAGAGCAUGGUUGAUGUUGACUUUACUGACAAAUGACUCGCGUGACAAAAUGUCAACGUAUACUUUUAACUUCGCACUCUAACAGCGGCCUGUGUCUGUUGGUUUGAACCUGAAGUUACCUCGCUCUUCGUAGUACAGGGCCCUGGUAUUUGUACAUAUUGUGUAUGUCCAUGUAGGCGAUGAAAUCGAUGUUUGAAAUAUUUAUAAGGAAUCUCACUUUGUGGAGCUACUUUUAAUCUUUAUAUUCAGAUUAUCAUUGAGUCCACUGAUAAAAUAUAUAAUAUUUAUAGUCGAUGUAAACACUCCUCUCAUUCUUGGAUCUUCUUGAAUUCAGUGCAAAAAAAAUUUGAUUUGAAAACUAUUUCGACUUUUUGAUCCAUUUGCCAUGGAUGCUUGAUUAUUAAUAUUAACUGCCAUGUAGUUCAAACAACCUUUCAAAUGGUUUGGCUUUGUUCUUUCUACCAUAUUACAUGGUCUUCAUCAGCCAAUGAAAUGAGCUUGUUAUCCUCAAAGCGUAAUUGCAGAACAGCUUGAUAGAUUACUGACCACGUGUAUCAUGCCUUCCCACAAUCCACCUCUUUACGUACUGUAGGCCUGUAGUAGAUGGCCCGAUGUUAUGUCCACCUUUCUUUUCUUGUCUGCUCUCUGAUCAUCUCCUGCUCUAAAAUUAUUACUUUUUACCGACAUUCAUCCUGAAGCACUUUUAUGAUUUAAAAAGCUAACUCCGCUAUGUAAUGUACAAAGCCCAUAUGUAUACGAGUGGCCACUAUGAAUGUAUAUUCAGAUUGCUGUGUCCAGUGCCUCCUCUUGUCUUUAUCUUUCUGUAAACGAGUGCUCUGUAUGAAUGUGUGUUUUGUCUGUUGCACCAGUGAAGCUACUGAGCACUUUCCAUACUUUAUUUAAUGUAAGACGUAUGAAAUAUGUGUUCUAAGCGUCCCAUGUAUUGAUGAUUUUCUCAUUAUGAUUUUGCACAGGUUCAAAUUGAACGCUUCUGGCACACUUGCAUAGCCUUCCUUUCUUUGAAAUAUUGUGUUUCACUCUUGUAUGAGAGCGUGUGAAUCACCUGUUUUAGUUGUCACAUUUAAUUAAGAGUAUGAAAGGCAUUCUACCACAACACACUGGAGCUCUCAUAGGAUGAAGAAAUGUGAUGUUCGAUGUAAAACAUGAUUUUACUUCCUUUAUUGGUCUACUACUUUAUCCAAAGAGCAUUUGGUCCAUCAAAAAUAAAUCUGUGGUAUAAAGAGAA